AUGGAUCCAGAGAAUCACAGAUAUAUGAAUCAAAAUUACAGCCAAGAGCCUAAUCAUCCUAUGAAUAGACAACACAGUUUUCACCAACCUGAGACUACUCACCAAUAUCAUCACCACCAAGCACAUCAUCAACAAAACCAGGCUCUGAUGCCAAUGCAACAACAACAAUCGCCUUAUAACAACGCCACGGCUAAUGCUGCUCCAGUGAAAUCAGAAUCAUCUCCGCAAAGCAGAGUUAUCAUGUCAUCUCAGCCUACUACUCCUCAGCCAACUGCCAGUAAUACCGAGCACAAUGAUUCGAUCAAGAAUGAUGAAUUAGAUGAAUCGAAUUUGCAAUAUCCAUCUUCACCACCAUUGCCCCUGGAAGCUCAGAAAUACAGUAGCUCGGCGACGCCAGGCACACCCUCCUCUUCUUCCAACUACCAUCCUCAUGUCAGCAAUAACCCGACUUCAAGAGAUCGUAAAGAGUCACUCAUUAGCGAGACAUGCCCUUCAUUUGGCCCUACUGAAUACGCCCAUAACAUUGUAUCAUUAGACAGACAUACAACUAUUGAUGUUCGUCUCCAUACAAAGGUGGAUCGUGGCUUCUUUUUGGCUGAUAAUGACUGGACAUGUUAUCGUCGCAAUUACUUUCAAGUAAGUGGAUCCUUCUCUUUGGAAGGUGUGGGCAUUUUGUACGAGGGACAAGAUUUCCCUUGCUUGGCAAAGGAUCACAACGGAUCACUGGAGGAGAUUCACUGCUUCAUGCUUGGUGUCAGUGCUCGCUUAUCUGAUUGUGAUAAAUCGAUUCAGUUGAUUCAACACACCCCCAAACGUGAUAAAGGUCCUCAAACAACACCUACCCCAAAGUUGAUCCGCCCUGGAGGUAAUAUCGGUUUUAGUGCUGUUGGUUCUAGUCAAUCUAUUGUCACCUUUGAACGUCUUCAGUUCAAAACUGCAACCGCAAACAAUGGCAAGAGACGUGCUGCUCAACAAUACUAUGUCAUUGUCGUUGAACUAUUAGCAAAAUUACGUAAUGGAAAUACGAUCACUGUGGCUACUGCCAAAUCAUCCUCGCUUGUUGUCCGUGGUAGAAGUCCUGGCCAUUACGCUGAAACUGACUCUGGUGCUCAUAGCUCUAGUAAGCGUACUAGCAGUGGAGGUGGCCCUACUUCCAGUGUCAUUCAACAUAGUAACUCAGCUGCACAUGUUCCAUAUGGACGUCCUACUGCCUAUGCUGGUGCGAGUGCUCAUCUCUUCCAGCCUACAGAAUACAUGCCCUAUGAUUACCACGGUGUAGCCUAUACAAACUAUAGUCACAUGCCUCCACCUCCACCCAUGUCUCACUCUCACUCAUAUCCUGGAUUACAGCAACAACAGCAACAACCACAGACUUACACUAGUGUCCAUGACCGUGUUCAUUCAAAUGCAUCUCCUGAGGCGCCUUAUUCUGCAAAUAAUCACCACCAUCAACCUCAGCAACACCACUCCAACGAACAACCCGACUAUUCCUCUGUCAAGGACGAUUCGACAAGUUCACCUUACUACUGGCAAAGACAGCAGGGCGAGCGUCAGGAGGAUGCUCACCAUCAACAGCACCAGCAACAACACCCUCAGGAUUGGAGCAGAAUCAGAAUGGCUUCUAAUAACAGUGCGUCAAGCGUUGAUAACUCCCAACAUGGAUCACCUUACAUGAAUCAUCAUCAACAACACCAACAAGCGCCAGAUCAUUACUACUCUCACCCUCAUUCUCACGCACCUCCACCACCUCCACCUCAAACACAAAGUCAAUAUGGUCAUCAUCCAUCUUAUGGCCAUCAUCACCCCUUAACUCAGAGUUUGCCACCACCACCCUCCUCUGCUGCUACUACUGUUGCUGGAUCUGAGCACUAUCCUACCUAUCAGCCACCUCAACAACAGCAACACUAUGAAUGGCGUCCAACCAACAACAAAAUACCAAUGUACACUUAUGACACUGACAAUAACCGUAAGGAAUAUGAAAGACCUCAAACAGGAGGCACACCCCCGCCCUCCUCUUCUUCGCCCAUAGCAGGCAGAGAAGCUACUAUUGUAAAAUAA